ACCCACUCCUAUCACACCGCAUCCACCGAACUCAUCUCGCAACCAAAAUGCCCCUGACCAACAACCGCGCCAUCCCGCUAGUCGACCACGCGGCAGCCCACCACUACGGCAUCCCAGCGAUGUGCUGCUACAACCUGGAGGGGAUAAUCGCGACAGUGCGCGCGGCAGAAACCAAGCGGUCACCCGCAAUGAUCCUGCUCUUCCCAUGGGCGAUCCACUACGCCGACGGACUUCUGGUGCACGCCGCCGCCGAGGCAGCACGCAACGCCUCGGUGCCCGUAACCGUACACAUGGACCAUGCACAGACGCCCGAGAUCAUCCGACGGGCGGCGGACAUGGGCGGAUUCGACAGCAUCAUGAUCGACAUGUCGCACUACUCGAAGGAGGAGAACCUAGCGCUGACACGCGAGCUGGUGGGCUACUGCCACGCGCGCGGCAUCGCCACGGAGGCCGAGCCCGGCCGCAUCGAGGGCGGCGAGGACGGCGUCUCCGACACCGCCGACCUCGAGGGCCUGCUGACCUCCCCCGAGGAGAGCGUCGAGUUCGUCGAUACCGGCAUUGACUGGUUGGCGCCCGCGUUUGGGAACGUGCAUGGGAGUUAUGGCCCGCGCGGCAUCGUGCUCGAGUACGACCGCCUGAAGGGCAUUCAUGAGACCGUCGGCCAUCGCGCGCGGCUCGUUCUGCAUGGUGCGGAUCCGUUCACCGAGGAGAUCUUCAGGAGGUGCAUCGAUUGUGGAGUUAGUAAGGUCAAUAUUAAUAAGGUGCUGAAUAAUGAGUAUGUGCGUGUGCAGGCCGAGUUGGCCGGUAAGGCGCCCCUCACUGCUGUUAUUGAGGAGGCGACUGCCCAGAUGCAGUUGGCGGUUGAGAGGUGUAUUGAUAUGUUGGGGUCUGGUGGGAGGUAUCCUUGAGAGGGAUGGUGUAUGAGGAUCGCGACGG